AUGGACACCUUUCUAGAACUCGUGCGCAUUAUGAACGAGGAAAUGGCGAGGGAGUUGAGAAGUGCAGUUAUAAAGUUCUAUAAAAUUAAAUAUUUUCACGAUUUUACCAACUAUGUGAUUAGUUUGGAAGAGAUGACAGACAUUAUAGAGCACUGUCUAGCCGACCCCGUCGAGAAGAUAGACAGCAUUAAACAACAAUUUCACGCAGUUAUCAAGAACUUUGAAGAUAUCCGACAUUUUGACACGAUUGAUAGAUGUAUGGACCAACUGCCAGACGAGGUUGCCACCGCUCAUUGUAUAUUACAUCAGGCUGUGCUUUUUAAUGAAACGAUGCACGGAAGCCUCGUAUCCAUCGUGGAGAUCAAGACCAAUCAAUACGCUAGAAGAAUGAACGCGUCGAUAUAUGAAGUGCAGAAAUGCUUAAACAAUUUGGUUCCUUAUUUCUUUGAACAGUUGCUUGUUGAUUCUUACACAGACAAGUGCAGCUUCCUGGAUAUGAUAAAAAGUUCAAUAGACGACUUAAUAAAAGAUGAAUGGCGGAAUGUAAAAAACACAUUGUUCCCUAAGAAAUGGUGCACAUUAGUUGAAUAUCUCAAAAAUGAAUCCUUAUCACCUCAAAAUAAUGCGCAACAGUCACUAAUUGUGAAUUUAUUUUCUGGUAAUUCAACGCUAUCGGAUGAUAAAGAAAUUCUUUAGUGUUAAAUUUAUAUUCAAUCGUAAUUGCUCAUUUUUAUUGUUCAUACAAAUUUUAUAAAAGUAAAAUUCUGUUAUUAUUAAAAAA